AUGUCAAUCUCCGGCGCCGGUGAUGAGACUGUAACUACACUUUCAAACAUUGUUGUCGAGUGCUCUGUCGAUUUCCAACAAGGCAAGCCAUCCAUCAGAUCCACUUCCGGUGGAUGGAGAUCCUCUGGCUUCAUCAUCGGUGCGGAAGUUGCGGAGAAAUUCGCUUACUUGGAGAUAGCAUUGAAUCUGAUAACUUACUUCACGGGACCAUUAGAGGAGUCAACGGCAGAUGCGGCGUCAAACGUCAACCUCUGGCUCGGAACGGCAGCGUUUUUGCCUCUGAUAUGGGGUUCUAUCGCCGACUCGUUUCUCAGCCGUUUCCGCACCAUCUUCUUCACCUCCUCUCUCUAUAUCUUGGGACCUGGGUUGCUUACUUAUUCGGCGACGAUUCCUUCUCUAUGUAAAGAUCGAGAAACACUCGUCUCGUGCGUUUCUCAGGUCAAAGUAACGAUCUUUUUCUGUGAUCUCUAUCUAAUAGCGAUAGGCGAAGGAGGCUUCAAGGUAUGUAUUAGAGCUUUUGGAGCAGAUCAGUUUGAUGAAGAAGAUUCUGAAGAGUCCAAAGCCAAGAGCGUUUACUUUAACUGGUCGUAUUUUGCGAGAUCAACUGGGAUAUUGGCCACUCGAUUGAUCUCUAACUAUGUCCAAGAGAAUCUGAGUUGGGCUUUGGGAUUUGGGAUUCCAUGUCUUUCCAUGAUGCUUGCUCUGUUCUUGUUCUUACUUGGAACUAUUAUGAUAUGGGAAUCCACUUACCGCUUCAGCACCGGAGGAGAAGGAAGACAAGAAGGAAGAAACCAUAAUAACCCAUGUGUUAGAAUUGGCCGUGUUUUCCUCGCUGCAGCUAAAAACCGUCGACAAACUUCUUCAGACACCUUCCCUCUUCUGCCUACCGAAAGUUCAAAGAAAUUCAGAUUCCUAGACAGAGCGAAGAAUUCGUGUGAUUCAGCUGAAGUUGAGGAAGCAAAAGCUGUGUUGAGUCUAGUGCCAAUUUGGAUGUGUUGUCUAGUGUUUGGCCUUGUGUAUGCUCAGUCUCCUACUUUCUUCACAUAGCAAGGAUCAACAAUGGACAGAUCAAUCUCAUCAACACUCUUAGUCCCUGCAGCAACACUCCAAUGCUUCAUAAAUCUAUCGAUCCUCGUCUUCAUUCCAAUCUAUGACCGUUUAUUUGUCCCAAUAGCAAGAUCAAUCACUCAAAGACCAGCGGGAAUCACUACGCUUCAGAGAAUUUCCACCGGCAUUUUCCUAUCAAUUCCUUCGUUGGUAAUAGAUGCUUUGGUCAAGAUGAAAAGACUCAAAACAGCUCGAGAUCACGGGCUAGUUCAUUCGCCUAAAGCCAUGGUUCCAAUCAUUCCAAUGAACGUUUGUUGGUUGAUUCCACAGUACGUUCUCUAUGGAGUCUCUGAUGUUUUCACAAUGGUUGGUUUACAAGAGUUUUUCUAUGGACAAGUCCCUGUCGAGCUUAGGAGCUUGGGACUAUCUAUGUACCUAAGCGUAGUCGGCAUUGGCAACUUCUUGAGUAGCUUCAUGGUAUCCAUCAUCGACAAAGCGACGAGUCAGUCUGGUCAAGUGAGUUGGUUCGCUAAUAACCUGAACCAGGCACAUCUUGAUUACUUUUAUUGGCUACUUGCUUGUCUCAGCUCCAUCUCCUUCGUUUCCUUUGUCUGUUUCGCCAAGUCGUAUGCCUACAACAACCCAAAGUAA